AAAUAUCCGUGCUCUCAUCAAUCAUGAUUCCAAAAGAUACUGCUUCACUAAUUUCUUUCUAUAUAUCAGCUUUAAUUAUAUUUGAUGUAGCAAAAGCAAACUCACAACCAGAUACUUCAUUUUC